AUGCUCAAGCAUUCUGUAUUUUCACAUUUCUUUUGCCUUCACUUUGCUCUUCAGACUUUCUUGAAAUAUCAAUAGAACCAGACUCCCUGAAAAACAUGUUUGAAUCUUUUAAAUCUGCUCUUUUCGCAGCCUUAUUGUUCAUCACAUUUCUCAGCCAUUUUGUCCCCUAUGGUUCAGCGGCUUCCAUCUAUCACGACUACACCAGCAGUGAACUAAUAAACACCCCUCUCACGGUGCAGAAACGUGGCCUCAUAUCUAAUUAUGCAAAACCUAUACUCUCUAAAGUCAAAAACUUAUUCAACGGCAGAGGUACUUAUUACGAAGUGGGUCUAGGCUCUUGUGGCAAGUACGAUACCGACGAUGAACUUGUUGUUGCAGUCAACUCAGAACAAAUGGCUAACGGUGGUAACCCCAAUGUAAACCCGAAAUGUGACAAGAUGGUAGCCAUCACUGGCCAAAAAGGCACCACUACAGCUAGAAUAGUAGAUACUUGCCCUACUUGUAAACGAGGUGCGCUUGACAUGUCACCGAAAGUAUUUGAAGCAGUAUGUGGACAAUUGUCUAUGGGUGUUUGUAAUAUUGAUUGGAAGUUCAUAUAGUUUAGAAAAGAUGACUGUACCAU